CGAAAGCGUGCGCGCCCCUCCGCGAGGAAGAGCCACACGCGUGAUGUGUGGGACAUAAUGGUGGAUAGGUAGGGUACAGUCUAUCGCUCGAUAAGAGUUCCUCAUCCACUGUUUACCAAUUCCCGCUUGUUUGUCUUGGACCCUCUGACUCGACAGCUGCCCGCUCUGACUGAACGACGCAACAAAAUGCCGAAUAUCAAAAUAUUCAGCGGUAGCUCACAUCCGGACUUGUCUCAGAAAAUCGCAGACCGCCUGGGUCUCGAGCUAGGGAAGGUCGUUACGAAGAAAUUUAGCAACCAAGAAACAUGCGUGGAGAUAGGGGAGAGCGUUCGUGGGGAGGACGUCUACAUCGUGCAGAGUGGCUGCGGGGAGAUCAAUGACAAUUUGAUGGAGCUGCUGAUCAUGAUCAACGCCUGCAAGAUUGCCUCUGCCUCCAGGGUCUCGGCGGUCAUCCCCUGCUUUCCGUAUGCCCGGCAAGACAAGAAGGACAAGGUGGGGAGCCGUGCUCCUAUCUCUGCCAAGUUGGUGGCCAACAUGCUGUCGGUAUCAGGCGCCGACCAUAUUAUUACCAUGGACUUGCACGCCUCACAGAUACAGGGGUUCUUUGAUAUCCCGGUGGAUAACUUGUAUGCAGAGCCAGCUGUGCUGAAAUGGAUCAAAGAGAACAUCCCUGAAUGGAAAAACUGUACCAUUGUUUCGCCAGAUGCAGGAGGAGCCAAGAGGGUCACCUCCAUAGCAGACAGGUUGAAUGUGGACUUUGCCCUCAUUCACAAGGAGAGGAAAAAGGCCAACGAGGUGGACCGCAUGGUUCUCGUUGGCGACGUGACCGAUCGGGUCGCUAUUCUAGUGGAUGACAUGGCUGACACGUGUGGCACAGUCUGUCAUGCUGCUGACAAACUCAUUUCUGCUGGUGCCACCAAGGUGUAUGCCAUCCUGACCCAUGGCAUCUUCUCUGGCCCGGCUAUCUCACGCAUCAACAAUGCCUGCUUUGAAGCUGUGGUGGUCACCAAUACGAUCCCUCAGGAGGAGAAGAUGAAGCAUUGUCCCAAAAUACAGGUUAUUGACAUCUCCAUGAUCCUUGCAGAGGCCAUCCGUAGAACUCACAACGGCGAGUCUGUGUCGUACCUCUUCAGCCACGUCCCCUUGUAACGAAUGACGUCCUCCCAUCUACUGUGCGCUGUUACACCAAAUGAGAGGAGAGGGAAUCCUCCGAUCCCCAAA